CCACGAUAAUCAUGAAAUCUCCCCUCCUUCAGCUUCGCUCUAUUUUGACAGUUAGAUGUCCUCCAAACUCUCAAAUAUGCCGUUUGAGUCCUACACCAUUCGUUACCUUACGGUCUUUUUCCUCUGAAUGUCCAGAUGGUCUUCUUCAUGACAAGAGGAUCAGGCCGCUGUUGGCGCGAUUCAGGGAGCUUGUGCCCUGGCCAUUGCGAAUUCCUGUUACGAUCCUUUUGGUCACCAUCCCUGUUGGAUUUUUUGGGCUUGGGACAUGGGAAAUGGAGAAGUUUUACUACAAAGCUAGCCUUAUCGAUGACGCAAAUGAUAAAAUACGACGAGAGCCUAUGGACCUUCCAAAGAAUGUAAAUCUAUUUGAAGUACCGAACUUUGAAUACCGGAGGGUCCGAGUUGAAGGCGUCUGGGAUCAUGCACGCUCAAUCCUUCUUGGACCCCGAACCCUCGGCAAUGUCGCCGGAUACCAUGUCAUCACGCCUUUGAUUCGAGGCGAGAAGGCUUCUACAAUCCUUGUAGACAGGGGCUUUGUCUCAAAGGAAUUCGUCAAUCAUGAUCCAACCGCCUUGCAACGCCUGGCGGCUGCUAGCCAAGGAGUGGAGGUGCUUGGAUUACUAAGGCAAGGCCAGAAAAAAGGGGUUUUCACUCCCGAUAAUCAUCCAGAAAAGGGGGAGUGGUAUUGGGCUGAUGUGAGUGCCCUGGCGGCUAGUGCUGGGGGCGCCCAGGCAGGGGUUCAACCAGUGCUGGUGGAGGCAUUGUUUGAUGGACAGUCGCGUAAGGUGACGCAGUUACUCUCAGAAGGUGCACCUAUCGCCGGUUCGCCACGCAUCGAGUUAAGCAACGCACAUCAAUCAUAUGCAGUCAUAUGGUACUCCUUAUCUGCCAUAUCGACUGUCAUGAUGUGGUACCUCGUUCGUCAACUGCGAUGCCCAAAACUGACAGAAGUCCGAGCAAUGUUUUUGCAUCGUGAUGGUCAUUCUCAUACGGCGGGAUCUGGUCAUAUGUAGUUGUGGGAAGCCACCACUUAGACUAGAAUCACCAUCAAGGAUGAGGUCCACAUAGAAGGGAUCCAAAUUCUUUUCAUUCCCCGCAUUGGCUCGGAUAUCUUUCGCGAAUCGCGAUCUACCCCAAGCAAACAUGCCCAAAAACUAGCCACCCCGCGCCCACGUCUAAGAAUUACCGCCAUGCACACUUCAUACUCAACUUGCUUGGCGUCGACGAGUGCACGAAGAUAUAUAUAUCUUCCAACCUUCCAACCUAUUACUGGAUGUUCUGUAUCAUAAAAGAUUGGUUUUGAGUUAUGUAUUAGAACAGGAACAUGUGUAUACAUCUCAGUCAUUUAUCGGACACCCCGCCGGCCAAGGUUCACUAUCUAAUCAUAGCUCGAG